AGCUUUACAACCGGUUGCCAAGUCCAUCAAUUUUUAUUGUGGCAAAAUUUAGUCGCAGCAACUAACGCAGAAUUAUAGCAAAUCGUGAGAAAAACAUUGAAUUCGGUUAAGUUCAGUGGGGUUGAAGGUCUCCAGCCAGAGAGCAUCGAUGUGUUCCGGGACCAUGUGGGCGUUGGUUUAUUUAGAACAUUGGUAUAUAAACUGAAACAGCGAUUGGCUUAGCAAGUCAGUCAAGUUCAAGACAAAUUAGAAACAUGGCGAAGUUUUGCUUUAAGUAUGUGGUGAUCCUGUCCCUCUGUGCCUGUUCUCUGGCACAAUAUCAGUAUCCCCAACAGAGACCAUCGCCAGCAACCGAAGGUGCUCAGCCCGCUGGAGGCCCAGUCGAGAAUCGCAUCUUCGGUUUGGAAAAUCUAUUUGGCGGUGGCCGCGGAGGAGGACUUCUGGGAGGAGGCGGUUUGCUGAGGCCCCUGGCCGGACUUCUAGGCGGUAAUCGCCCGGAACCACAGCCAUACCCAGUUCCAGUGCCAGCAUACGGUGGCGGCUUUGGCGGCGGAUAUCCUUAUGGUGGGGGAUUCGGUGGUGGCUUCCCUGGAGCUUACCCCUCUCCCUAUGGAGGUGGUUUCGGCGGCGGCUAUGGCAACCCAUAUGGCGGCUUCAACGGCUAAGCUAACAAGUUGUUGAAUUCUAUCAAGUAUUAUUGAAAAUGUUUAUGAGAUUAUUUUUAAGUUGUUGACAUUGGGAUAUUACAUUAAAAUUCAUGUAAAAAAAAGGAGUGUCUAGUCU